UCCAAAAUCUUACAUUUAAUCUUCUUCUUCUUCUUCUAACUCAUUAUGUUGUGAUUAGGAAAGGGGAAGAAUACUGAUGAAGCUUGCGGAUUUGAUUGAUGAACAUACAGAGGAACUGGCGAGUCUGGAGUCAUUAGAUUCCGGAAAACUUUUUCAUCUUAAUAAGAUGCUGGAUAUUCCGAGUACCGCUGACUCAAUUCGUUAUUAUGCUGGAGCAGCAGACAAGAUUCAUGGCGAGACGUCAAAGUGUUCUCGAGAGUUUCAUGGAUAUACGUUGAAGGAGCCUGUAGGUGUGGUUGGGCUCAUCAUACCUUGGAAUUUUCCUUCUAUUAUGUUCUUCGCUAAGGCUGCGCCGGCUUUGGCGGCUGGCUGCACUGUGAUUGUCAAGCCCGCCGAGCAGACGCCGCUCACCGCUCUCUAUUAUGCGAAAUUGGCAAAGGAG